AUGAUUUAUUUAGCAUUUCUUCAUAGAGUUUCAAAGGUGUAUCAACGUGGUGCAAGAAAAUUUGCAAAUAUGGUGCAAGCCAAUGCGGGGAAUCCAGAAAAUGUCAUAUGCCCUUUCAAAUGUUGCAAAACCCUAUUCCACCAACAUUUUGAUGUAAUGUAUGGGCAUUUGAUCAUUAAUGGUAUGGAUCCUACGUAUACUACCUGGGUGUUUCAUGGGAAAAAAUCGAAUACAGCAUCAUUGCCUCCUCAAGAUGUAGAAAAUUUAGAGACGUAUAGGAUGUAUAGAGAUGCGUUUUUUCAGGAUCAUAAUAGUGUAGAACCCGAGAAGGAAGAUAGAGAGAAAGAUUUUUCAAAUCUAUAUGAAGGCGUAGAAAUUCCUUUAUAUUUUGGUUGCACAAAGUAUACAAGGAUAUCUACAACUGUUGUCUUAUACAAGCUUAAAGCUACAUAUGGUAUAUUCGACAAUGGUUUCAAUGAACUUCUUGAUAUUAUUCAAGAUAUGCUAGCACAUGGGAACACCCUUCCUAAUUCUUGCAAUGCAAUAAAAAGGUUAUUGAAAACCUUUGAUUUGGGGUAUCAGAAGAUACAUACUAAGAAGAUUAAAAAAGGGAUACCUGCAAAGGUUCUGCAAUAUUUUUCGAUUAUACCGCGAUUUAGAAGAAUGUUUAGGGCACUUGAUAAGGCAGAACAACUUGGCCUUUCUUCUAAUGGAUUUAAUCCCUUUGGUGACCUAAGUUCUAGGUAUAGUUGUUGGCCAGUGAUACUAGUUAUAUAUAAUCUCUCUCAUUGGAUAUGCAUGUCUAAGGAAAAUUUGUUGUUGGCUUUAUUAAUCCCAGGUCCCAAGCAACCUGGAAAUGAUAUAGAUGUGUAUCUAAAACCACUAAUAGAAGACUUAAAGAAGUUGUGGAAUAUUGGUGUUGAAGUAUAUGAUCGAUUUACCAAGUCCACCUUCAAUUUGAAAGCUGUAUUGAUGUGGACAAUUAAUGAUCUUCCGGCUUAUGGGAACUUAUCAGGAUAUCCUACGAAAGGCGAAGUAGCAUGUCCAGUAUCUGGUUUAUCCACAUGUGCAAAAUGGUUAACUUAUAGUCGAAAGUUUUCAUACAUGGGUCAUAGAAGAUUUCUUGCAUAUAAUCAGCCUUAUCAGUUAAAAGAAGCUUGGUUUGAUGGAAACAAGGAGCAUAGGCCUAGUCCUAAAAUAUUAACCGGUCAAGAAGUGAUGUGUUCAAUCAAGAUUGUUAGCAAUAAUUGGGGAAAAAUAGGAAAAAAAAGAAGGAUGAAAAAAUCAUAUUCUAAUUGGCCAUGGAAAAAAAGUCAAUAUUCUUUGAGCUGCCAUAUUGGGAGCAUUCUUGGCACUAUUUUGCAUGUGAAGGAAAAAUCAAAAGAUGGGUUAAAUUCCCGUAAGGAUUUACUCAAUAUGGGUAUUAGAAAGGAGCUUCAUCUAGAAUUGAAAGGAAAUAUAUAUUAUCUCCCCACAGCAUCAUAUAUGCUAUCCAAAAAAGAGAAAGAGUUAUUUUGUAAGAGGCUAUUUGAUUUAAGAUUACUUGAUGGUUAUAGUUCUAACAUUUCAAAGUGUGUAUCAUUAACAGAUAAUAGGAUUUUAAAUAUAAAGUCUCAUGAUUGUCAUGUACUCAUACAACAAUUGUUAUUAGUUGCAUUAAGAGGACUUUUACCUAAAGGACCAAGAAAUGCAAUCUUUCGACUAUGUGCAUUUUUCAACGAAAUAUGUCAAAGAGUCGUCGAUAAAAAUAAAUUAGAAAAACUUGAGGAGGAUGUUGCUGUGACUUUUUGUAUGCUAGAAUUGUAUUUUCCACCAUCUUUUUUUGACAUAAUGAUUCAUUUAACCAUCCACCUUGAGCGUGAGGUUCGUAUUGGUAGACAUGUACAAUAUCGUUGGAUGUAUUCAUUUGAGAGGUUUAUGAAAACACUUAAAGGAUAUGUUAGAAAUCAUUCAAGACCUGAGGGCUGUAUAGCAAAGCGUUAUUUAGCCGAUGAAUGUAUGCAUUUUUGUAGUGGUUACAUGAAACAAGCUGCUGAAGAUCAAAAUAGUGGUGUUUCUAUUGAAGCACAAACUAUUUGUCGAUCAAGUGUGAAGGAUAUAAGCCAUGUAGUUGGUAAAAUAUCUUAUUACGGGGUUAUCAGAGACAUUAUUUUACUAGAUUAUCAUAGUUUUAAAAUUCCUAUGUUACAUUGUGAUUGGGCAAAUAUAGAUAGUGGAGUCAAAAGUGAAGAAGGAUUUACCUUGAUAAAUCUUCAUAAAGGACAACAUCAAUUUGAAAGAGAUCCAUUUAUUUUAACUUCACAAGCAAAACAAGUUUUUUAUUCUAAAGAGAGCGAUACAUCUAAUUGGUAUAUUGUAUUAAAGGCACCUCCCAGAGGAUUUCAUGAGUUAGAAAAUUUUGAUGAGGAGGCUUAUACUCCAUCCACUUUAGAUGCAAAUGCAUUAAGACUUGAUAUAACUGUUGAAGAUGAAGGUUAUGUAAAAUAUGAUUGUGAUGGCAUUGAUAUUGAACAUGAUGCAAACGAUGAAAGCUGA